AUGAAUAACCAAAAUGUUUAUAAUGACACUCAAAGAAAACGUGAAAAAAGAAAAAAUAAAACACCUGAGCAAUGCGAAUACCAAAAACGUCAAAAACAAGAAAAUGAAAGUGGUGAGAAUAAUGAGAAUAAUGGUAUAAUUGAUAGUGGAAAUGAAGUGAAUGAUGAUGCGAAUAAUGGAGUGAAUGAUGGUGCGAACGAUGGUAGUAACAAUGGUGCGAACGAUGAUGUGAAUGAUAGUGCGAAUGGUGUUGAUGGUGGUAUUAAUAAUGGUAGUGAACAAGUGAGACAAGAAAGUGGAUUAAAGAUUAAUGAGCAAGAAAUGCAACAUACUAAUAUUCAGGAAAUACAAAUUAGUACAACUAUACCUGUUGAACUACUUUCUGCUGCUGAUAUUAGUAAACUCGAUCGUGAUCUUCUACGAAAAUUUCAGACUAAAAUGGAUAAAGUCAAAUACAUGCUUUGCCCCAUAUGUAAUGAAAGUUUUCUAUCAAUAGUUCUUGUUAUGGAGGAAUGUCGUCGUUGUUACAGUGAAAAGACCCUACCAAAAAAGUUCUCCAAAGAAAAUGACAUGAACUCUGGUGAAGUACUUGAAGAAUUGCAAGGACUUACAGAAAUAAAAGAAAUGUUAAUUGCGCAAGUUUUCUUAGUAAUGUCUGUCUAUAAACUUCAUGGUGGGCAAUAUGGGUAUUGUGGAAACGUAAUAAACUUUCCACAAGAUGUACAUGAAUUCACUACACAUCUUCUCCGCAGUUCAUCAUCAUUGGAUGUGUUAGUUGUACGCUACCAGUCAGCAAGGUCAGAAUCCUUUAGGGAUUUCCAAGUCCGUCACAAGAAGGUUGCUCGUGCAUUAAUGUGGUUAAGAGAAAAUAAUCAGUAUUAUAAUGAAAUUACAAUUGAUGAAAGCGUCCUUCAGUCCUUACCUACAAAUAGUUAUAUUGAUGAUCAGCUCACAAAUAAUGAAAUAGUCGCUGAAGAAUCAGAUAAUGAUGAAGUCAAGGAUGAUAUAAUUACUCGUACCUUUGUUCUGUCUCUUUCACCAGUUCGCAGAGAAGAUGCUGCCAUUAACGAAGCUCUUAACCAUAUGCAAAAUGAGAGCAAUCCUUUACUAUAG